AUGAAGCUCCUCAGCACCCUCCUCCUCCUCACCCCCUCACUCACCAUCGCCGCCGAGGCCAAGGUCGUCUCGGAGCCACUGACGACCGACUCGCUCUCGGCCAGCGUGACCCCGGGCGGCCCAAUCAGCCCGAUCAUGACCUUCUCCACCACCCCUACCGACUCGGCCAGCAGCACGUCCGAGACCCUCAGCAUCCGCAGCAGCACCAGCCUGACCAGCCUGGGCUCCGAGUCGACCACCAACACGGCCCUGCACCCCAGCGAGCCGACUGGCGUCUCGGGCGGCACGGGCACGGCCACCGGGGCGUCGGCUUCGGCGUCGGCGACUACGACCUCGUCGGAGGGCGCGGCUUUCAUGGACGGUGGUUCGUCUAGGGUCGCGCUGGUUGUUGCUCUGGGAGCUGGCUUGCUUGGGUGGGUUGCGUUUUGA